UGUUAAGUUUCAGUUAUGUUCAUUUGUAACUUAAAAUUACGUUAGAGACGCCUUUAAGUAUUUCUCGGUGAUGAAUUUUUGAAUGUUACAAUGCCUUCAUUCUUUUUUAAAAAAGUGCUGACAUUUUUUUGUUGGCUGAGCGUAAAAUUAUAAGAGGCAAUCGGGCAGGGCAACUUCGUUGUUUUGCGUUUCCACACGGACUGUAAAACACGAGUCAACAAGAAGCAGGCGAAACCGUAAACCGUAAAGACAGAGCAGUGCGUCAGAAGGGAUAUUUUGAAAAUAUCGUAGUAAACACCUACCAUAAGUGUGCAGUACAAGUGCUUUUUAUUUGCGUCGUGUGUGUUACUUCGGUUGUUUAAACAAUGUCUUCCCAACUGGAGAUGACUGAGCUGUACGACAAUGCUCUGCUGGGGAUACUGCAGCACGUCGGAAACAUACAGAAUUUUCUACAGGUUUAUUUCGGGUUUCUCUAUCGAAAGACAGAUUUCUACAGGCUGUUAACGAGCCCCAGCGAUCGCAUGGGUUUUCCUCCUGGGGUCGCCGAGAAAAUGGUGCUUAAGACAUUCAAGGUGUUUGAGCGCCUGGCAGCGCAGGACAGAGAGCAGAGCUUGCAGGAGGCAGAGAACAAGGGAAGGAAAGAGGCUCCCCCUGCUGUGGAGGAGGUGGUGGUACAGUCUGAGCCAGAGGUCCAGGUGCCAGUGCCAGUUCCAGAGAAGGAAGUGUCAACACAGCCCUCACCCCCCUUACAAGAGCAAGUCCAACCCCCCUGCCCAGACCCAGCCUCUGCUGACAACAUCCCACCAACAGAAGAAGCUCAGGCCAUGCCCAUUGCAGAGACAGAUGACACAGAGAAGGUACAGGAGCAGUUCCAGGGCAAUCCUGAUAGUUACAAUGGAGCAGUGAGACAGAACUACACCUGGUCACAGGACUACACUGAUGUGGAGGUCAAAGUGCACGUUCCCAGCACCAUUCGCAAGGGCAAGCAGGUGUCAGUGAAUCUACAGCCAAACAGCCUGCGUGUUUCUGUGAUGGAGAUGGGUGUGGAGACGGUGCUGAUGGAAGGAACUCUCACUCACAAGAUCAACACGGAGAAUUCACUAUGGAGCCUGGAGCCUGGGAGCUGUGUGCUGCUGUCUCUCAGCAAAUGUGGAGAGUACUGGUGGUCAGCAGUGCUGCAAGGAGAGGAGGAGAUUGAUGUGAACCAGAUUAACCGUGAGCGCUCUAUGGCCACCGUGGAUGAGGAAGAGCACGCCGUCCUCGACCGUCUCACCUUUGACUACCAUCAGAAGCUGCAGGGCAAGCCACAGAGCCACGAGAUGAAGGUGCACGAGAUGCUUAAGAAGGGCUGGGAUGCUGAGGGCUCCCCAUUCAAAGGACAGAAGUUUGACCCCUCCAUGUUUGAGAUCCCUCCCAGCGCCGUGCAGUUCUGACACCAGCCACCGGGGGAGCACCAGGGGGAAGUGUGCCACACUGAACUCAAGUCACCACACACUGGCAUGACUCUCAAGGAGUAUGCAUAUGUACUCAAAUUCAGGAGAGCACUCAUCGGCUGUCUGCAUGGUACUGCACAACAAAAAGUCUCUAAAAGAUUUGCAGUUUACUACAAAACUCUUUUU